AUGACACAGGAUUACAAGGAAGAUAGUCCUACAUCUACAGAAUUGGAGACAAAUGUCGAUGAAGUAGAAAGUACUGGUACUUUUGAAUCUGAACUCAGGCAAAGAAAACAACCUACAGAAACACCUUCUUCAACACCACCACCUCCACCAACAGUAAAGAAAACACCACGGAAUGGUAAGAAGAAGAGACCAUUUAUAAAUGUUGCUCCAUUAAAUACCCCUUUAUCUCAUAGACUUGAAACGUUGGCAGUUGUUUGGCAUUGUGUAAGUAUUCCAUUCUUUAUUUGCUUGUUUUUGUUGACAGUUUCUAUGGGGAUAUUGGGAUGGGUCUUCAUCAUUUUCCCUUAUUUCAUCUGGUGGUAUGGAUUUGAUUUACAUACUCCAUCUAAUGGGAAAGUUGCUUAUCGUGUUCGUAAUUCUUUUAAGAAUUUUAUACUUUGGGAUUGGUUUGUGAAAUAUUUCCCUAUUGAAGUACACAAGACGGUUGAUUUGGAACCUACAUUUAGUGAGAUCCCAGUAGAUGAUAGCAGUGACAGUUCUGAUGAUGAUGAUGAACAAGAUUUGGUGUCUGAACACAGCAGAACUAAAGUUGAUAAGAUCUUUAAGUUUUUUGGUUUAAAGAAACGUUUGAAUGAUACUGCUCUGGGGAAACCGGAAAUAUUUAAAAAAGCUCCUAUUGGUCCCAGAUAUAUUUUUGGAUACCACCCUCAUGGUGUCAUUUCUAUGGGUGUUGUAGGAUUAUUUGCUAAUAAUGCAUUAAGAAAUGAACCAUACACUCCAAUUUCGAAAUGGUUGAAGCCAUUUUUCCAUGAUAGUUCGAAGGGUGAGAGAUUAUUUCCUGGUAUUGGUAAUAUUUUCCCAUUGACUCUUACAAACCAGUUUGCCCUUCCAUUUUACCGUGAUUACUUAAUGUCUUUGGGAAUAACAAGUGCAUCAGCAAGAAAUAUAAGAAGUUUGAUUAACAAUGGUGAUAAUUCAGUUUGUCUAGUAGUUGGGGGUGCACAAGAAUCAUUACUUAACAACAUGAUUGCCAAACAUGCUAGAGUUGGAUAUGGUUAUAAAGAAAGUUUAGAUAUUCAUGGUGAUGAAUCUGAAGAAGAAGAAGAAGAAGAGGAAAACGAAAAGAGUAAACUAGACAAGUCUAAGUCAAAACGUGAAGUUCAACUUGUAUUGAAUAAACGUAAAGGAUUUGUCAAGUUAGCUAUUGAAUUGGGUAAUGUUGCUUUGGUUCCAAUAUUUGCCUUUGGUGAAGCUGAUGUUUAUCGUUUGGCACAACCUGCUCCUGGAUCAUUUUUGUAUAAAUUCCAACAAUGGAUGAAGGCCACUUUUCAUUUCACAAUCCCAUUAUUUAGUGCUCGUGGGGUAUUUAUUUAUGAUUUUGGAUUAUUACCAUUUAGAAAUCCUAUAAACAUUUGUGUUGGUAGACCAGUUUAUAUUCCACCCAAUGUAUUAAAAGAAUACAAACAAGAACAUCCUGAAGAAUUUGCUGAAGAAGAAUCAGCUAGUGUGCCAAUGAAAAAGAGUGGAUCAAUUACUGAUAUGUUUAAAUCAGGUGAAAAGAAGGUUAAAACAUCAUCAAUUAAAACCAAAAUCCCACCAGCAUUACUAGACAAGUAUCAUAAACUAUAUGUGGAUGAAUUGAAGAGAGUCUAUGAAGAGAAUAAAGAUAAAUUUGGUUACGGCGAUGUUGAAUUAAACAUUGUAGAGUAA